AGUAAAUAAUAUAUGGAGGGAAUUAAAUCCUAUUAAGCAUAUUUGUUCUCAAGUACAAUAAUUUUAAAUAGCGGCUACCAACAACAACUAUUCAAUUCCAUUACUUGGCCAUGGCGCUUUCUCUUCUCCAAUACAUUCUCUUAAUCUUCAUUUCCAUUACUACUAUUUGCUCUUCUUUCAAUUUCCAACUUUCUUCUCUUGAAAAACUUUCGACGCCACCGCAGAAUACUUCAAUCAAAGAUCGGAUUCUUGGGCUGGCUAAUGAUGAAAAUACAGUUAACUGGAUGAAGAAGAUAAGGAGAGAAAUCCAUGAGUACCCGGAACUUGCUUAUGAAGAAUUUGAAACUAGUAAACUCAUCAGGCGUGAACUUGACCGACUUGGUGUUGCUUAUAGAUGGCCUGUGGCGAAGACCGGCGUUGUUGCCACAAUUGGUUCUGGUUCUCCUCCUUUUGUUGCUUUGAGAGCGGAUAUGGAUGCUUUGCCUAUUCAGGAACUGGCGGAAUGGGAACACAAGAGUAAAGUAAAUGGCAAAAUGCAUGCAUGUGCUCAUGAUGCGCACGUUACCAUGCUCCUCGGUGCUGCAAAGAUACUGCAAGAACUGCGACACACAUUAAAGGGUACUGUUGUUCUUAUAUUUCAACCGGCUGAGGAACGGGGUACAGGUGCAAAAGAUAUGAUCCAAGAAGGUGCGCUUGAAAACGUUGAGGCCAUUUUUGGUGUACACUUGGUGCAUAAGUAUCCCACCGGUGUUGUUUCAUCACGGCCCGGAGAAUUUCUAGCUGGAUGUGGGAGCUUUAAGGCGAAAAUUAGUGGGAAAGGAGGACAUGCUGCAAUUCCACAACACUCUAUUGAUCCAAUUUUGGCAGUUUCGUCAUCUGUAAUUAGCUUGCAAAAUAUUGUUGCAAGGGAAAUUGACCCUUUAGAUUCUCAGGUGGUUUCUGUAAGCAUAAUUGAUGGAGGUACAGAGUAUAAUACUAUCCCGGACUCGGCUACAAUAGCCGGAACUUUUAGAGCUUUCAGCAAAAAGAGCUUCUCAUUGCUUCGGGAAAGGAUAGAAGAGGUUAUCAAGGGGCAGGCGGCUGUGCAUCGGUGCUCUGCCGAGGUUGAUUUCGAGGGAAGAGAACAUCCCACACUUCCUCCAACGGUGAAUGAUGAAAGAAUAUAUGAACAUGUAAAGUGGGUCUCAGUUGACUUAUUGGGAGAAGAAAAAGUAGAAGUGGCUCCUUGCUUCACAGGGAGUGAAGAUUUUGCUUUCUUCUUGGAUGAAGUUCCAGGAUCCUUCCUGUUUUUAGGCAUGUGGAAUGAGAAGGCGGGAGCCACAUAUCCUCCACAUAGCCCUUACUUUUUUAUUGAUGAGGAUGUGUUUCCCAUUGGAGCAGCCAUACAUGCAGCAUUUGCACAUUCCUAUCUUUUAAAUUCAACUAAUUAUAAGAAUUCUUACUGAUUAUUUGGAGCAUAUA